AUGGUAAAAAUACAAAUUCUCUCUGAUCUUCAUCUGGAGGCUCCAGCGGCGUACGAUGUCUUAGAAAUUACUCCAACAGCAGAUUAUCUUGCGCUGCUCGGGGACAUUGGCUACACCAAGGACGUCGGCUUGAUCGAAUUCCUUCGAAAACACCUGGCUAAAUUCAAAAUCAUCUUCUAUGUGCUCGGCAACCAUGAGCCAUAUCACUCGUCUUAUGCGGCUAGCAAGCAACAGCUUCUCACGCUCCAGGCUGAAGCCGAACAACAAGCAAGUGGGAAGUUCGUCCUCCUUGACCAAACGCGGUACGAUCUCUCGCCAACGGUGUCUAUUCUCGGCUGCACGCUCUUCUCCAACAUCACAGCUGCUCAAAAAGACUUUGUCAGUUUUGGACUCAAUGAUUUCUACUACAUCGAGAAUUGGACCGUGGAGGAGCAUGUGCAGAAGCACGAAUCCGAGCUUCGUUGGCUCAACGCCGAAAUUCAGAAGCUCAUGGAAGGAUCGGACCGCACGAUCAUCAUCAUGUCACACUACUCUCCGACCGAUGAUGCUCGUGCUAUCGAUCCCAAACACAAGAGCAGUACUAUUUCAUCUGGCUUCAUGACUGAUCUGUCCCAGGAGAUUUGCUUCUCCUCGGAACGUGUGGUGGUGUGGGCGUUCGGACACACUCAUUUCAACUGUGAUUUUGAACACGAAACUCAUCAGACCAGACUCGUUACGAAUCAGCGUGGUUACUACUUCGCGCAAUCGAAUGGCUUCGAUCCGGGAAAGACGGUCGAGCUUUGA